AUGAGCGACGUCACUGUCGCUGUUAUCGAAGCUGGAGAUUCGGUUUUUAACAAUUCAGAUGUGACUAGCGUUUCAGGAUAUGGUAAGAGCUUUGGAACAGCUAUUGACUGGCAAUACGAAACCGAGGGCCAAAAGUACGCCGGGGGAUCAAAGCAGACUAUGCGCGCUGGAAAGGCGAUAGGAGGGAUGGCAUACACUCGGGCGCAGAACGUGCAGAUUGACAGUUGGGAAUUACUUGGGAACAAAGGAUGGAAUUGGCAGAGCCUUUUUCCAUACUACAAGAAAUCAGAAGGAUUCCAGGUACCCACCCAAGACCAAAUUGCGUCCGGCGCAGAUUAUUACGCGGAGUAUCAUGGAAAGAAUGGUCCGAUGAAAGUCGGCUGGCCGAAAUUCUUAACCAACGGCAGCGUGCUUCCCAUACUUGACGAAUCUCUUAACCAAAUAGGUGUCCCUUAUAAUCGCGACGUUAAUGGUGGCCUUAUGGUCGGGUUAACCUCUCAUCCGAAUACAAUCGACCGCGAGGCAAACAUUCGCCAGGAUGCCGCCAGAGCCUACUACUGGCCAUAUCAAAAUCGCCCUAACCUCAAGAUUAUCACGAAUACGCAAGCGAACAAAAUAAUAUGGGGCAACGAUUCCGACGGCGAUGCAGUCGCAAGUGGAGUCGAGGUUAGCAAUAUAAAUGGAAAGCAAAUAAUAUACGCUUCAAAGGAGGUGAUCCUAUCAGCUGGGUCUUUGAAGUCACCUAUACUCUUGGAAUUAUCCGGCAUCGGCAACCCCAAUAUUCUCAGCAAACACGAUAUACCCGUCAAAGUCAACAUUCCCGCCGUUGGAGAAAACUUGCAGGAUCAAACAAACAACGGCCUCUCCUACGAGGGAAAUGAAUUUUGGCUAGGCUCACCGACGUUCUCCGCUCUCCCGUCUGCCGACCAUAUAUACGGAGACAGCUUUUCGACCGUCGCCUCCCACUUUAAUAGCAGCCUCGCCGACUAUGCCGAAACCGUCGCCAACUCCUCCAACGGUGCGCUUCAAGCAUCCAACCUUCUGGCUGUAUUUAAGCUCCAGUGGGACAUGAUAUUCAGGUCAAAAGUCCCAUUUGCGGAGAUCGUGUUCCUCCCAAUCGCGCACUCAUUUUCUGUCGAAUAUUGGCCUCUACUCCCUUUCUCAAGAGGAAGCAUACACAUCAAAUCCGCAAACGCCUCGGCACCGGCAGCAAUCAACCCGAAUUACUUUAUGUUCGAGCAAGAUCUCACUACUCAGUCCGAUGUGGCUUGGUAUAUCCGGAAGUUAUUCAAUACUCUUCCCUUGGCAGAUCUUGUGGGAAACGAGCGUUCACCGGGACUGGAACAUGUUCCUGUUAAUGCAUCCGAGUCUACCUGGGAUAGCUGGGUUAAGAAGAACUACAGAUCAAACUUCCACCCAGUUGGAACUGCUAGCAUGCUUCCCCGGAACAAGGGUGGAGUUGUGAACGGCGAUCUCAAGGUUUACGGGACCAAGAACGUCCGGGUGAUUGAUGCAUCUGUAUUACCACUUCAAAUCUGUGGACACUUGACAAGCACUCUUUAUGCUGUGGCCGAAAAGGCAUCUGAUGUGAUCAAGAGAAGAUACAUGUUUUGA